GCGUUUCUAUGGAGACCGAGGCGGGCUCUGCGGAGGCCUUAGCCGUUGCCAUGGAGACGGGCGCAGGGCCGGCGCUCCAGCUUCAGCACCACGGAGAGCGGCACACGGCUACUACUACUACUACUACUGCGGCGGCUGCUGCGGCCAAGUGGGACCCUCGGAAAUACUACCUGCUCAUCGUGGUGGGAGACAUCGGCACGGAGGGCCAGCUGCAAGCGGUCAGGGAUCACCUGGAGCUCGGUAUUCGCUCAUGGAACAUCAGCCUCGACUCCUGUGACCUGAAUCAGCAGCUGAAGCUGUUUGUAACCAGACAUCUUGCCCAUUUUUCUCCAGAUGUAAAAGGCCAAAGAACUCUGCAGCAUCGGAGUGAUGUUCUUGAGACAGUAAUCCUCGUGAAUCCCAAUGUCGAAAGCAUUCUUCAUGAGGUACGCUCUUUGAUAACAGAUUCGUCUGCACACAAGCUUCUUAUUCUGAGUGGUCAGUGGUUGGAUCCAGAAGGAGAUUUGAUUCUGCAAACUGGGACCUUUUCAUACCAGAAGUUUGAGCAGGUGUUCAGCAAUCCAGAGGUGUGCCAGCUAUUCAGUAACACAGACCCUGAUAUUAAAGCUUCUCUUACGGUGUCGUGCACUGAAGAAGGAGAGUGGGGCAACCUCGGACAUUCGUCUUUUCAGGAUAUAAUUCGUUUGGAGCUAAAUCCUGAUCCAGUUUUGCCUGAAAUGGAUGGGGUUUCAGAGUUUGCAGAUUAUAUCUCAGAAACUGUUGAUGUUCCUUCUCCUUUUGAUCUCUUGGAGCCACCAAACUCAGGUGGAUUUUUGAAAUUAUCAAAACCAUGUUGCUAUAUAUUUCCUGGUGGCAGAGGAGAUUCAGCCCUGUUUGCAGUUAAUGGAUUUAAUAUACUAGUGGACGGGGGCUCUGAGCGGAAAUCAUGCUUCUGGAAGCUUGUCCGCCAUUUGGACAGAAUCGACUCCAUACUACUCACACACAUCGGGGCAGAUAAUCUUCCGGGAAUUAAUGGACUUCUUCAGAGAAAGAUAGCAGAACAGGAUGAAGAGCAGUCUCAGGGCUCUACUGCCUACAGUGAUUGGAUGAAGAACCUCAUUUCACCAGAACUUGGGGUUGUGUUUUUUAAUGUUCCUGAUAAACUCAAAAUGCCUGAAUCAAGUAUGAAAGCUAAACGAAGCAUUGAGGAAGCCUCCUUGACAUUACAGUACUUAAAUAAACUUGGAAUUAAACCAGAACCUUUGUACAGGGUUGUGAGUAACACUAUUGAACCAUUAACAUUGUUUCACAAAAUGGGUGUUGGUAGACUGGAUAUGUACAUUUUAAACCCAGUGAAAGACAGUAAAGAGAUGCAGUUUCUAAUGCAGAAAUGGGCAGGAAAUAGCAAAGCUAAAACUGGCAUUAUAUUGGCAAAUGGUAAGGAAGGUGAAAUAUCUGUUCCCUAUCUUACCUCCAUCACAGCUUUAGUUGUUUGGCUUCCUGCGAGCCCUACUGAAAAAAUAGUGCGUGUAUUAUUUCCAGGAAAUGCACCACAAAAUAAAAUUCUUGAGGGACUAGAGAAGCUAAAACAUCUAGAUUUCCUUAGAUACCCAGUGGCAACACAAAAGGAAAUUUCUGCCGGUGUUCCUCCAGCUACUGGUAAACACACAAAGAUCAAACAGAGGGCUGACAGCAAAGAAAGUCUCAAGUCCUCUUCACGACCUAGCACAGGCAAACCAGCUAAGAAGGAUGAUAUCGCUGAAGAGUUAGCUAAGGAGGUUAAAGCUGAAUUGGCAAAGGAGGCAAAAGUGGAGAAAAAAAUUAAAGAUAUAACAGAUAAGCAUAUUGACAAACCUUCAAAGGUUGAAAAAAUGAAAACAGAAACUACUGAUUCUGCCAAAGCAGAAAAGAGAAAGCUUCUUAAUCAGAAAAUAGGUAAAAAGUACUCAAAGGACAAAAUGUCUAAACUCGAAGAAAAGAAAGACAAAGAGAAAAAGGAAAUCAAAAAAGAAAAAAUAGAUAUAAAGAAAGAGAGUUUUAAGAAAGAGGAAAAGAAAGACACAAAGAAGGAAGAGAAAAAGAGAGACAUAAAACCUGAAGCUAAAAAACUACCUAAACCUGACUUGCGCCCCUUUACACCAGAAGUGAGAAAAACACUGCACAAAGCAAAGAUUCCAGGCAAGGUCAAAACAGAAAAAAUUAAAACUAAACUAGAAAAAGAAGCAGUUGCUGAACAAAAAGUUAGCCAAGUACAACAUAUAGCUGUGGAAAAACAACGACAAAUGACUGAUAUCGCAGAACAAAGAUUAAUUAUGUCUUCACCUGAAGAUCUUACCAAAGACUUUGAGGAGCUGAAGUAUGAAGAUAAACUGGAACAAAUAACUAAAUCAGUGCAUGAUAAACCUUUGUUGGAACUUGAAGUUUCUGAACUGCGACCCUCAGAUAUUUUGGUUAUGCAGGGUACUUUUAAAGAGGAGUUGACUUUAGAUGAAAUAAUAUCAGAUAAGAAAACGCCACUGGAGUCCCCAGAUGAAGGUAUUACUACCACAGAUGUUGAGGGAGAUUCACAGCAUGAAGAGAAGGCACCACAUGCAUCAGAGGAAACAUUAGAAAUGGUCGAUGAAGGGGCAGCUAUGGAGGAGCCUCCUGAAAUGGCAGACUUUGAUGAAGAAAUCAUGACAGAGGAAGAGAAUUAUAUCACCCAAGAGUUAGAAAAUAAAGUACCUGGUAGGAGCAGAUUGGAGUCUAUGCCAACUUUAGACAUCCAAGAUUUAGAAACUGAUGAAGAGAAAGAAAAUGAGUUGGAUGAAAAAGGAAUUCUAGACAGAAAGCAGAAGGAAGAAAUAAUUGAAGAAUGUGAGGACUACUUUGGUAAAAUGGCAGCAGAAGAUGAGAAAGAAUGUGAAAAGAGUGUUGAAGUUGUGGAAAAAGCAGAUGUGGAAGAAAUGGAAGAAUAUGCUGAAGACACUGGAGAUGAUCUGAAGUGUAAAUCUGCUGAAUAUAUAGACAAGGCAUAUGAACAUGAAGACAUUUCAUGUGAUUUCACUAUGUCUGUUUUACAAAAAGAGACAGAUAUGGAGAUAAAGGUCUAUGAAAAAGAACUGUCUAAAGAGACUCCAUAUAUGGGAGGUGUACCCAUGUCAACUGGAACUACAGCAGAACACAUCUCUUACAUACAGGAUGAAACCAUGCCAGGUUAUUCAGAGACAGAGCAGACUAUUUCUGAUGAGGAGAUCCACGAUGAACAAGAAGAAAGGAUCCCACAUUUGCAAUACGAUGUAGGUAGUUAUGACAUAUCUGUUCCUGAUCACCCUGGAUCAUUUGAUGCUAUACACGGCAUAAACAUUAUUUCAUCUGAUGUUUCUGCCAAAGGCUAUGCAAUACAAGAACCUGAAAUUGUGGCUUAUCCUACAAACAUUGUUGCAGCUCCCUUGGCCGAGGAAGAACAUAUCUCUUCAGCAACAUCAAUAACAGAGUGUGAUAAACUUUCUUCUUUUGCAACAUCUGUUGCUGAAGAUCAGUCUAUUGCAUCUAUUACUGCACCCAAAACAGAAGAGACAGGAAAAAGCUCUUUAUUGCUAGACACUGCCAACAGCAUUCCAUCUUCUCAUACAGAGGCAACCCAAGGUGUAGAAUAUUUACCAUCUGCAGGAACAAUAUCUCCUACGUCUUCCCUGGAAGAAGACAAAUGUUUCAAAUCUCCACCUGCAGAAGAUUUUCAGUCACUGAUCAUUCCAGGGAAAGCACAACCAGACGAGAACUUCCCUGGAGUUGAAGAAAUGGAUGACAGUCCAAAUUUUGAAGGACCUGCUAAAAGUAAUUACAGCUCACUCAUAUUUUCAGAACAUCUGGGCCAUGAUGUAUCAUAUGUAUUUGACGGAGAAAUAAGGAAAGAUACUGAUAUUCUUUCAAGUGAAGAAGCAAAAUUAUAUCAGGUUAAUACAGGCUUUGGUGAGAGUGAGGAAAGAUGUCUAAGUCCCGAUGACAGUACUGUCAAAAUGGCUUCUCCUACACAAUCUGGUCCUACUAGCACUGGGCAUACACCAUUCCACCAAUCUCCUGUAGAAGAUCGGUUUGAAACUACACAAGCAGAGCUUUUCGAAGCAGCAGACAAAUUAAUACAUGACAAAAAACAAAUCAGUGAUAAGCAAUUUGAGCCUGAAUCUAAACCAUCCAUGGAAAGUGCAGGAUACAAAUACGAACCUCUUUCUCCCAAAGCAGCAUCUUCUGAAAUUGUGGAGGAGAUUAAUGAAAGUAAACAUAUUUUAACAGAAAAAGGGUCUGAAUUUACAGAUCAGUUAGAUAAACACUAUGGCAUUGAAACACUGACAACCAAGGAGGCAAUGGAUGACAAUGAUAUAAUUAAAAAACAAAAAGAAUAUUCUUCAGAAGAUACAAUGUUUAAUAUCUCACAAUCACCACAUACUGGAGGUUAUAUGCAAUUUGAAGAAUUAAUUUCUACCAGUGAAGUGUCCUGUGAGGAUUAUACAUCCCUACAAGUGAAGGAGCACGGUGAACCUCAGACAGAGCAGUUUAAGUCAAUUUCAUCCAAAGAGUUUUUAUCAGAAGAUGCUAAAUAUGUUGGUUUUUCAGAUGAGAGCCCUAUAAAAGAUGAAGUAUCAACAGAAAGUUCUAGUCAAGACAAUUUCAUUGAAGAUGCAAAGUCACUUUCUUUCACAGAACAAGGAAAAGAAGAUGACACAUCCUUACAGAUGUCUUUGAUAGAACAAAGUCCAGUUAUACAUGAAAUAUAUCAAGAAAGUCCUACAAAAGAAGCAUGUUCUGAAAAUGAGAAAUCUCUUCAGUUGACUGAUCCUGAUCUAAUGAAAGAAAUCAAGUGUACGUCUGAUGAAAUGUCACCUGGAUAUGGGGAAUCUUUGUUGUCUACAGAGGAAAGCCUUGCGGAAGAUCACAAGCCUCUAGAGGGUUUUGAUAAGCAUUUCGAAGAUCAAGUUCAAUCUCACCUGCCAACAGAAUAUAAUAAUCAAAAAGAAACAUCAGCAGAUAUAUUCUCAGAAGAAUUAGCGGUGGAUGUACAUUUAGAUAAUUCUAAAGAUAAAAUCUCACAAAAGGAGGAAAAAGAUUUGGGGCAUUCGGCAUCCAGUCCAGAUGACUCUGAAUCAAUUUCUUUUACAGAUCAUAGUGAAUUUAAAGAGAACAAGUCACUAGAAACACAUGUUGAUAACAGUUCCAUUACCUUUACAAAAACUAGUACAAUUCAAAAAGCAGAUCAGACUUGUUCACAUGCAAGUGACACUCUGGGUUAUAUGAAUACAAACGUUAUUAUGGAAACAACUUCAGGAAGUGAGAAGUCAUCUGAUGCACUCAUAAAAGAAACAUUUGCAGAGCAUGAAGUUAUUGAAAGAAGAUCUGUUGAAGGAGAAAAUGGUUUCAUAAAACAGAUAACUUCUGAAAAGAAAGUCUGGUUUACAGAGAAGAAAGAAGAAGAGGAAGAAGUAGUAGAAGAAGAAGUAGAAGAAGUAGAAGAAGAAGAAGAAUCAACACAUAUGCUAAAGGAAAGCAAACUUCGUUACACAGAAGAGGGAGAAAGCACUUUUCUAGAUGAAGGUCAUGACUGGGAUACACAAUCAUCUUUAAAAUCUAAUGUUUCUAAGCAAUCAACCCCAGAUACCAUAGAUGCUAAAGUAUUGGGAACAGAAUAUGCUUAUUUACAAGAGGAAAAACAGACAGAGCACAUUCAAAAAGCGCUGAAAACAUCUGAUGAGAUUGCUGAAUUCAAGGCAUCAUCUCAAGAAACUAGAUGCCAAUCAGCUACUGAGCAUCUUUCACCAGAAAUAGACAUACUUGAAAAGCUACCUUAUGUCACAACAUCAUUAACUUCUGAUAUUUCUUUAGGAAAGUCAAAUGAAGAUAAUCUUCAUUCAUUUAAUCAAAGUACUUGCAUAGAAAGCUCUAAUAUUAAAACACAUUUUGCAGCAAAAGACUUUGGAGAAGCAUUGUUUUUAGAACAGUAUGACAAAGAUGAAGAAAAAGAAUAUUCCUAUUCAAAAUUUAUUGAUGAUGUUCCAGAUCCCUCCUGUGAAACUGAUAACCUUAAAGGCAAAAUUGACACUGAAUCAGGAGAAUUUACAGCCAAUAUUUUGGACAAACAUAAACAGAAUUUUGAUAGUGAAAAAAGCCCAUUUGUCAGAGAAGAAAUACUAAGCUCUGAGUCAACCACAAAUAAAUCAUCUGUGGAAGAUCAUACAUAUGAAGAAGAUGAAAACAAGCAGAAAUGUGAAAUAUAUAACUAUUCUAGAGAGCACAUAGAACAAGACUAUGUUGAGACAACAUAUGUAAAAGAUUUUGCAAUGCCAAAAGAAAACAUUGAGUUUAAGCUUGACGUUCAGCAUGAAGACGUAAAAAAAGAUCUGGCUUCAAAAUUUGAAAAAAAAGUCUCUCCUGUUUCACUGGACUGCUAUACAGAUACCAGUUUAAAAUCAUCCAGUAGUCCAUUCGAUCUUUAUUCCCAAGAAAAUGAGAGUUCUGGAAGAAAGUCUAAAAUAGAAGAAAGGGAACCAACACCCUAUCCAGAUGAUAAGUCUUUUCAGUAUGCCGAUAUUUAUGAAAAGAUCAUGGUGUCAGGACACAGUGAUCACAUUGUGGAAGAGACAGAACCAUGCAGUGCCGGUUAUUUUGAAAAAGAAAAGACAGAUAUCUUAUCUUUAGAAAGGACAGGGUCACCCAAGAAGGAAUUGUAUCAUCAAAUGUCUUCUAAGGAAGAGGAAUCACAUUUCUAUACAUCAUCUGAAAAAGAACUCUCGUCACCUGUAUCACCAAGAGACAAUGUUGAGAAGGCCACGUUUGAAUACACAGAAAUGCAUGACCAUUUUUCGAAGGUGACCACAAAAGAGGAAAAAACAAGUGUUCCUGAUUUCAAAGAAACUGACAUGCUAGAGACUGAGGGAGCCCUCAAACAUAUACCAUCAGAAGAACCAGAAGAUCAUUUUAUUUCAUCACCUAAAUCAGAUGGAUCAGAAAAGAGCGAAAAACAUGAGCACUGUAAACUGGAAACAUCAGUGUCGUAUCUGCAGGCAGCACACCAUUCAAAUGAAAAUAUUGCAUCACACAGUGAUAGUGAUACUAUUAUUCCACACCAUGAUAUUGAUAAUGAUCUCACCCCAGAGGCUGAGGGAUUUAGUCCAUUAGAAGCACAAUCUCUUCAAAUUAAAGAUCCCUACUAUGAAAAAACAAACAUAUUGGACGAAAGUGCGAGUGAUUCUGAACUAGAGAAAGGCGCCAAAGAAAAAUCUGAGAAGGAAACAAAGUGUCCAAGCCCAGUGAUAGACAAGUCUUAUGAAAACAUUUCUAGUAUUGUAGAAAAGGAUGAAAACAACCUCUCUGCAUAUGGAAUGCUUUCUGAACAAAGAGAUUUACAUUCUGAUCAUUUUAAAGUUCAUCCCCAUGUUCAAUCUACAGAGAGUGCAGCUCAGCAGGUAGAUCAUUCCACAUUUAGUGCAGGAUAUAGCUCACAAGAAGAUGAAAAACAUAGGGAAGACAGCGAUUCAGAGUACACCUACUGUCCUUUCAAGUCAAGAACAGAAACCACAAAGGAGGAAGAAAGGUCAUGGUUUCAAAGUACUUACCAAGAAUCACAAUUCACCACAGAGUCCCAUAAAUUAGAUUCCUUCUUAGAUAGCUGCCUACACAGUGAUCAGGAUAAACAAAAGACUUCUGAUAAGCAAGACUUUGAUGUCAGGGCUCCAGAUUAUGCAUAUACUUCUGGAGCUGCAUUUUCAGUUACAGAGAAGGAAACUUUAUCGUUUCAAGAACACUUUGAACCUUUGUCUGUUACGGAUAUGAAAACAUCAGUGCCAGAUAUUACAAAUAUAUCCCACUCAACAAAAAGGCAAGAUGAAUACUUAGAGGUUUCUGAAAGGGUUUGUGAAUUAGAUUCGUCUCUAACAAGAUUCACGCCACUAAGCCUAUCAGAAGAAAACCCUCUAUUCUCUAAAAUUCCUAGUCAACAGUAUUCAAGGACAGAAUACCAAAAAGAGGACUCUCAGAGCAUCUCAGAAUCUUCGUCUGCAGCCAGCACUCCUGUUAAGAAGGACACUACAGAUAGUUUUUACUCUCAUAUGAUUAGUAGCUAUACUGCAGAUUCAGAACAAAGUGCAAGGAAUUUGUGGGACGUGUCUCCUCUUGUCCCUGCUGAUUCCAUGAAGCCUUGCUUGUCAGCUGAGAAAGAUGAUGCUGAGUGCCAGGACUCUGCAGGUUCAUAUGAUAUGGAUGAUUGUACUUUGCCAUGUAGAGUAGACUGUAAAAAAACACCUUGCAGUGAAGACACAAGCAUAAAAAAUAUUACCAGUGUGCCAAAAACAAUGGCAGAAGAUGUAGGGGGAGUGCAAACACUGUCUAACAUACUGACAUCUUUUCCACCUCCUCACCAAGAUGAGAUAUCUACGGCAAAUGGCCCUACAGAAGUCCACACAAGCCCAAAGUUAUAUCGACAGGCAAAACAUACAGAUAUUGACUUUUUUAGUGCAGUAAGUGUGAGAGAUGAAAAGGCCUCUCCGGAUUCAGACAGGGCAUCUUCUCCAUGUUCUGAAGAUGAGACUGAAAAACCAAGUCGACCGUCUUCUCUAAUGUCACCUACGCAUACAUUCCAACCGUAUUUUCCAGAUUCUCAAAGAGCUGGUAGAAGUGAGGAUCAUGGAGAUGCAUCUCAUGAAAUUGAGCCAUGUUUGGGAACUUCAAGUGAGUAUGAGUGCAAGAUAUCUUCAUCAGAGUAUAUGCACAGGAAAGGGGAACUUUCUCCAUCAUUCAUCAAUCCUAGCCCUCUUGAUCUUUCUGAUGACAGCGAUGUCUCACAAGAUGAAGGUCAUCCUUCAGUUAAAGGCAGAACACAUCAUGUAGCUACAUGCCAUGUUCAGGGUGCCACAGUUGAUGAAACCCCUCCAACAUCUGUUAGUGAUUCAGGAACCUCGCAGUCAGAUUCUGAUGUCCCACCAGAAACUGAAGAAUGUCCAUCCAUAACUGCUGAUGCAGCAAUGGACUCAGAUGAAGAUGCUGACUUUCUUCCUGUGGACAAAGCAAUGGGGAAUUCUCAUCACAGCAACACAAGGCAAAGUCAUGAUCCACAUCCCACUCCAAUGAUGGAUCCAUAUCCUCAUCCUCCUCAUCCUGAUGUCUGCAUGGUCGAUCCUGAAAUGUUAGUUAAUGAAUUGCAUCUUAGCAAAAAGGAUCUUAAGGAGAAAACCAAAGGUGUAAGGAAACCUUUCACUAAACCUAAGGCAACGUCGCCUGCUCGGAAAUUAGAUUCUAAGAAACAUUCACCUAUGCUCGCUAAGCAAACAUCCAGGGACACAGCAGAAAAACUGCCAAAAAGUCUAGCACUUAGGAAAGAGAGGGAAGCAACAGAUAAGCAGCAGAAGCCGAGAAGUCCAAUGCAAACACAUUCAUCCAGGGGAGAUGACAAAGAGGAGGUUUCUAGAACAAGUCACAGUACUAGCAAGUUGGUCAAUGGCAUCAAACCAGCUUCAGGUUCAAACACUUCAAAAGGAGGUUCUACAACACCCCAAGGCAGCCCUGUAUAUGUAGAUUUGGCUUAUAUCCCUAAUCAUUGCAAUGGGAAAAACACAGAUAUGGAGUUUUUCAAGAGAGUUCGAGCUGGAUAUUACGUUGUCAGUGGUAAUGAUGCAGCUAAUGGAGAGCCAAAUCGGGCAGUGCUUGAUGCUCUUUUGGAAGGAAAAUCACAGUGGGGGGAGAAUCUCCAGGUCACCCUGAUACCAACUCAUGACACUGAAGUGACCCGUGAAUGGUACCAGCAGACCCAUGAGAAACAGCAGGAGCUUAACAUAAUGGUUCUUGCAAGCAGUAGUACUGUAGUCAUGCAAGACGAAUCCUUCCCAGCAUGCAAAAUUGAGUUCUAAGCUCCUCAACAGUCAGCAUUGAGUCUAUAAAUACGUAUAGGAUGUGUUUUUUAAGAGCAGCUCUGCAGCAGGUUUCUAUGGUGAUUGAUCUACUUUUCGAACAUUGCCCCAGAACUGGUCUUUAAGCAUAUCCUUUAUAAAGUUUAGAUAUAUGUCCAGUCACGGCUCAGUUCUCUUGUAGUUCUGGUUAGUAAGUAUGCCAUCUGCCUGUUCCAUUAAUUAUUUAUUUGUGUCUCAACUACAUGUUGGUAUUUAACAUUAUUUAUUUUUAAGAAUAUUGAAGACUCAAUAAUUUUAAGGGGCAAAUUUGUAGAAUUUAUUUGUGAAAUGAUUCAGCGGUGUGCCACAUAAUUAUGUUCUUUAAAAAUGUAAAAUAUAAAAAAAAUAUAUAAUUACGGUCAAACUCCAGGGUAAACAACUAUACACAAUAAUCCCAAUCAUGAAGCAUUUGUCUUCUGUUUUUCAGUAGGCACAGACUGAUGUGUGAUGUGUAUAUUUUUGAGAGCUGGGUUAAGACAGGACUUGGACCAAUGAAUGAAACACAGUGUUCAGAUGUGAGUGGCACCAUAUAAUUCCAUGCUGACCAUGUGGCUUAGUGUAGAUGAACAAUUAGGUUGUAGGUGCUGUAAAUAUUUAGCUUAACUUUUUAACCUGCUAACUUAAGACUGCACAUGUAUGAUCACAAACCAUUUAAAAUGUCCAGAUUAUUAAAAAAAACAAUUGAAGCAUGAUUUAAAAGUCUGAUAAAAUCAAUACAGCUAAAACAUAAAUACAGGUACGCAACACACACUCAUGAAUUGCAACAAACCAAAGUAUUUUGGGAUAAAGAAAAUUAAUUUACCUGCAGACAAGUUUUUUUCUGUUUGUGGAGCUUUGACACCGUUAUUUUAAUUCCUAUUGCAGGAUCAGUAUAUGAAUGUCUCAUAUCUGUGAAAGAUGGGGUAUUGUCCUGCAUUAGGUGCUUAGUCAGAGCUAUGAAGCAGCCUAAUGCUUUCUUCAUCCCAGGAUGAGACGCUUUAGAUAUGUUGUAGACCUUAUUCUGUAAAAGAACUCUCCAAAACACCAAUAUCAAUACCCAAUUCAAUGUAUCUUUUUUUUAUUUCAUCCACUUUUUUUUUUUUAUCAGUUAUCAAUAAUUCAACUUGACCAGACAAAAGUGCAAAUAGGGGGGGUUAUGUAUAAAGAAAACGUCUGGAGAAAAGAUCGAGUAGCAUAAACAUUUCAUUGGUUUCCAUGGUAAUGACCACCUUUAAACAUUUCUACUACAACUGCUGUUUAUCAAUAACCCUCAUUGUUUUGGGUCUGCAUCAUGGUAGCAUUGUGAUAAUAAAAAACAUAAAACAGACGAGUAAAGGACUUGGAACACAAAACAUUAGUACAAUGUGUCUAUUAAAUAAAAUGAAUAACAGGGCUUCACCAGCCAGUACAUAUCAUAGACAUACCCUAAGACCGGGGUUGGACAACCUUCAACACUCUAGAUGUUGUGGACUACAUCUUCCCUUAUGCUUUACCAGUUAUAUUGCUGUAAGAGCAUUUUUGGAGUGCCGAAAGUUGCCUACACGUGCGAAAUAUUAUUUCAUGCAUGAUGUGAAUGAUAUUUGACAAUAUACAUCGAUUGUGCAUCUUUUGUUCUCAUAUAUCACCAUGUAACUAUUUUUAUUUCUCUAUGAUUUUUAUUCGCUGGUUAAGUAAACUUUUAUUGAGUAAAGGACUAAUCUACGUAACUAGAAAUGUCCAACUGACAGCUGCUUGAUUGAGAGCGAAGAACAUAAAUGAUCCGGUUAUUCUAUAUAAAACAUUUCACUUUUAGUAUUUGUAUUUUCCAUGUGUACUUUCUCACCAUUGCUUUAAGAUUGUUCCAUUCUUUGUCUACAUGUGUUUUUUUUAUUUCAUUUUUUUUUUUUGUCUAGUGUACAUACAUGUUUGCUUUCUCAUUUCUUUAAAUAAUUUUCCAACUGGAAUAUAUGUCAGAGUUUGCUUAUUGGGUAGCUAUGAAAAAACCCUCAAGCUCUCUCUUUAUAUACAUAUAAAGAUACAGCUGGACACCCAACAACAUACAGCCCUUGAGUAUGUAUAUUAUAUGGUCAUCACUCUGUUCCUAUAAGAACAGUAUAUCACAUGUUUUGUUUACCAGACCAUUGAAGCUGCUACAUGCAAACUUACAUUUUAUUUUAUUUGUUUUAAUGUAUAUUUUUCUGUUUGCCGUAGGGAAUAAAAUGCCUUCUAAAAAAAAGCCAAAAUCCAAAAAAAAUAAAAAUAUCCCAUAAACAAAAAGAAUAAAUUCUUUGAUUACUGAACAACAUUUAUAUAUCAGUGGUGUACAUUGCUGUCUUAUUUAUAUAUAUAUAUAUAUAUAUAUAUAUUUAUUUUUAUUGUUAAAAGCCUAUGUCCUCGGCUGCUUUUUAAUUUAUGUCUAAACAUGAGCAGUAUUUCUUUUUGUUUUAGAAGUAUAAUAGAAUUUAUAAAAAUACAAACAGGUUUAAGAUCCAUGCUGGUCCACGCAAAGCAAUUUUUUUUAACCAUUUAAUGAUAAAAUCUUCCUCAUAAGGAUUAAUUAGGUCAGAACUUUUAUUAGGAACAUGUUUUGGAACUCAACGCUCUGUAUUGUAUUUUGUCAUGCUGUUGCCUUUCAGUAAAAAACAUUUUUUUAUGUUGUAUCAAAGAAGAAGAAAGUCAGGUUUACUCAAAGUCUUGCACUAGUGUAUAAAGUCUAGAAAUCAGUGUGAUACCCUUGCAUUUUUUGCACAUACAAACUUAUAUAUUAUUACCAGCAUCCUUAAAGGUUUGUAGUCUGCAAUUACAAGUCUUGUGGUUGCUUGGCAACAGUUCUCCAGUUUGGUUAGCAAUUGGUGAUAACUGUUUCGGGAAAUUUAAAAAAAAAGUCUAAGUCGCAGAAGCAAUUUUGUAGACCAAGGUAGAUUAUUUGUUGUAUCAUUUAAAAGUUUUUAAAUCUUAGAACUCACCUUAAAAUUUACAAAGACUGACUAGCAAAUAUCUGGAUGAGAAACAUGUUGCCCUUGAUAGGUGUGUUAAAAAGAUAGAUUCCCAGCCAAUGUGGAACUUGAACUUCCAUUAUGUUUUGACAUCCCUAAGGCUUGAAUAGCAUGGUGGAAGUUUCAUAUCUCCAAUAGCUCGAGAACUCUGCCCUAGACAUUUUGCGAUAUACAAUGCUUAAUAAAAGCUAUUUCUCUAAAGUAAAUUAUGGAAUCUAUACAUAGAUUUCAGCAGGUUCCUGGCUUCAAAGCACAUCACUCUUUCUCAUUAUCACUUUAAUAACAUCACACUUUAACAGAAAAGAUUUGGACCUGCCAUACUGUGCAAGGAAUACUGACCUUGAUAUUGGCUUUGGCUUGUGAAAACCAACACAGGUCGUAUGGGUAUAUAAAAAGUUAGUUUGUAGUUAGCUAAUACUAAAAAAUAUAUAGGUAUGAUUUCACAAACCCCCGAUAGACCAUGUAUUAAUUCAAUUUUAAAAGAAAAUUAUUUUAUAUGUGUUUUGUAUAUAGUUUUGUCUAGCAAUGUAAGCAGCAGUUUUCUUCAGGAAUGUGUUUAAUUGUGAAUGUCUAAUAUUUGUCAAAAGCCUUUUUUAUUCUUAUGUUUAAGUCCAAUUCUCUCUCUUCCUCCUAAAAAAAAAAAAAAGAGUGUGCAGUGCUGAGUCCAGUGCUGAAUGCUAUUGAGCAGUGCAUUACAAAGGAAUAAUUUGCACUCCCCUCUGGCAAUCAGUGAGCUAAGAGAAUUGCACAUUUAUUCGGAGCUGAUGUUUGUUGUUGUGCUGGAAUUGUGUGUUUGUGUUUUUUGUUUUUAUUAAAGCUAAUAUUAAAGGGAAAAUGCACGUACAAUUUUCCAAGCACAUGCCUGUUAUAUCCCAGCUAGCCCUCUCUUUGUAUAGUUUUAUUCUACGUAGGUGUCUAACCUGCAGACCCCUCCAAACUGCUGCAAUGCUUGGGGCUAAACGCUAGUUACAUAGGUGCCUGGGAUGCCUAGUGUGGUCUGUUAAUAGAACAUUCCAGAGCCCACCCAUUUACUUAUCUAGGCAGAAAAAGCAAAUGCACUAAAUUAAAUUCAGCUAUGAAUGUUUUUAUCACACAUAAACUUGAAAGGUUAAAUAAAACUAAAAAAAAAACUAAGGGGAACUCGAUGAUUAAGGUCACUUAGACACUUGCCUUGUAAAUGACAAUGCUGAAUGGAAUAACCUAACGCCACAAAUAGGUUUUGAAAAAACGAAUGUACACAAUUAUCUAGAACGUUGCUCCUUUAUUUCUGUGCAUUAAUAAUUUUGGUUUCAGUUCCCUUAAAUAAGAAGCUUUGUGUAAUUAAAUAGGGAGACUAUGACAAUUUACCAAAUAGAACGUCCCACUGCGGCCUUUGGUAUUGUUGUAGAUUUGUAGCAUUAAACAUAUGUGAGGCUAACACGUUAGUUUAAAAGUUGCAUUUGCAAUUUAGCAACUUCUGGAGACCUAGUUUGGCUAGGCCUGGACUUAGUAGACCCCACAGACUGUCAAGCCCUGACUCUGUCAUAUAGAACUGAUGGACAGAAUCUGAAACAUGAUAUCAUCUUUAUCAGAAAUCAGAAUCUUUAAUCUUAAUGGGUUUUAUUGCACAACGCGUUUCACCACUACAGAUUCUCUGUAAAUCCAUUAAUGACAUUAAGUAUAACAUAUAGGUGAUAAAUACAUCUAGAAACAUUUAAAAUCAGCUGUUGCUUGUUUCUGCAUGUUAACUACAACAAAUUAUACUCCUGUAUGUAAUAGAUGAAAAAAUAAAAAUACUAUUUUACAAAAUAUAUGAAAAGUGAAAAUGUCAUAAUUGUAUUGAAAAUCGCAGACUGUAUUCUGAUAGCUUCUUUCUACGUUGGAUGUUGUAUAAACCAACUCAACUUUCGAAUUCUUUUCUUUCCGUUCUGCAGCGUUACUAAUAAACUCGUUCCCUAAAA